AUGAUGAGGACAAAUGAGGACCAAGAUACUGAAGCUCAACGGGAAUAUGUACCACAAACGUCCCCAGCGCAAACAAGAGACAACGAGCAAAGCCCCGCCGAGCAGAAUACCAGAACAGACGAUGGGAGUUUAUCAAAGAAAUAUCCACUCAGUGAAUUGGAGAAAGGACUCGUUGGCUGGGAUAGCCAGGAUGACCAACUAACCCCAGAAACCUCACCGACUUCCGAAAAUGGUAUAUCAUCUACUUCAUUGGCGCAAUCACUUUUUAAGCAACCUCUCGUCCGCCAUCUUGGUCCUCCCUUCCUCAGCCCACUAAGCGAAAUCUACGGCCGCCGCAUUGUCCUCAACCUCGCCAACAUUUUCUUCUGCGCCUUUACAUUGGGCUAUGCACUCGCACCAAAUCUUGGCGGCCUCAUCACCAUGCGUCUAUUGGCUGGGCUGGGAGGGUCUACAUGCUUGACGCUGGGUGCUAGUGUCAUGAGCGACUUGUUCUUGCGACAGCAGCGUAGUAGAGCCAUGUCCAUGUAUUCUCUUGGGGUCAUAUUCGGUCCGGUCCUUGGCCCUAUCUGCGGCGGAUGUAUAAACACCGGCGGCAUCGCUAUUUUAAAAUGUGAAACGAACCCCGUUGUGCUUCUCGAGUGGAAAAUAAGACGUCUCAUAUCGGAGCUUGGUCGACCUGACCUCCAGAAUAUCCUAACAUACAAAACAUGUGAACCAUUGCUGAGCCGUCGUGAUGUCCUUAAACGGGGCAUUAUCCGUCCGCUCAAGUUGCUCUUCACAUCACCCAUUGUCUUCCUCCUCUCUCUAUACAUCAACUUUGUGUUUGGUCUUCUCCUUCUACUCUUCACAACCAUCGCAAAACCUUUCAUCCAGGUCUACGACUGGUCGCCAGAGAUAUGCGGUCUGGCCUACAUUGGCGUGGGCAUCGGGUUCUUCAUCGGUAUCAGCUUCGUCGCAAAAACAUCUGAUACCACGGUUAUCAGCCUCACCAGGAAGAACAAUGGUGUCUACGAGCCCGAGAUGCAGCUACCGUCUUGUGUCUUCCUGGUCUCUUGA